AGGUCGCCGCUGAGGGAUAGCGAGCCUCCCUGGCAGGCUGGCAGAGGGAGGUCCCGGCCGCUACACGGUGCACCCUAAGGAGAACCUGACCAGUGGAAUGAACAGAAGACACUGGCAGCCUCCUCCCGAAUGAGGCUCUGAGCAGGUCUGGCAUUGUUUUGCCCUGGCCCUCAGCCAAGGGGCUGUCAGGGACCCGGCUGUGGUGCUUCCUGGAAAGCGUCCGUCUGUGUGGACCUCCGCCGAAGAGAGCCCUGGUGGGCAGGGAGGAGAGGCAUCAGGCUCGACAAGGGGGCCCAACCAUGGUCGUCACUCAGCUCAGCCUUGAGUUCCGUUUUCAGGGCAAGAAGCUUCGAGGCUUCAGCUGUGAGCUCACCCGCUCCCCUCAUGGAGUCCUCCCCGAGUCCGUCCUCACCACCACAUGCCAGGUCGCCAUACCCAUACUGUUGUCGGGCCUGGGCAUGAUGACAGCUGGUUUGGUGAUGAACACCGUCCAACACUGGUCAGUGUUCCAGGAGGUUAAAGACCUGCUGACGUUGGUGCCGCCCCUGGUGGGCCUGAAGGGAAACCUGGAGAUGACACUGGCGUCUCGACUCUCCACGUCUGCCAACACCGGGCAAAUCGAUGACCGCCAGGAGAGGUACAGAAUCAUCAGCAGCAACCUCGCUGUGGUUCAGGUGCAGGCCACCAUCGUGGGGCUCCUGGCUGCGCUGGCCUCCCUGCUGCUGGGCGUGAUAUCCCGAGAGGAGUUGGAUUGGACCAAGGUGGCAGUGCUGUGCACGAGCAGCGUCAUCACUGCCUUCCUCGCGGCCUUGGCCCUAGGAAUUCUAAUGAUCUGCAUAGUGAUUGGUGCUCGGAAGUUCGGGGUCAAUCCUGAUAACAUCGCCACGCCCAUUGCAGCCAGCCUGGGAGACCUCAUCACGCUGUCCAUCCUGGCCCUGAUAAGCAGCUUCUUCUACCGGCACAGAGAAACGUGGUAUCUGACGCCGCUGGUCUGUGUCGGUUUCAUGGCUCUCACCCCUCUGUGGAUCUUCAUUGCCAAGCAGAACCCGCCCAUCAUGAAGAUCCUGAAGUAUGGGUGGUUCCCCAUCAUCCUGGCUAUGGUCAUCAGCAGUUUCGGAGGCCUCAUCUUAAGCAGAACCAUUUCUAAACAUCAGUUUAAAGGCAUGGCUGUCCUGACUCCCGUCAUAUGUGGUGUUGGUGGCAACCUGGUGGCCAUUCAGACCAGCCGCAUCUCCACCUUCCUGCACAUGUGGAGCACACCUGGGGUCCUCCCCGUCCAGAUGAAAAGGUUCUGGCCUAACCCAUGCCUCAUUUUCUGUUCCUCAGAAGUCAACUCUGUGUCAGCUCGAGUCCUGCUCUUUCUGGUGAUCCCAGGACAUCUGAUCUUCUUCUACCUCAUCUGCCUGGUGGAGGGCCAGGCAGUGACAAGCAGCAAGGUCUUCGUGUUGCUAUACCUGGUGGCAGCCAUGAUCCAGGUGGUGAUCCUGCUGUACCUGGCAGAAGUGAUGGUCCGGCUGACCUGGCACCAGGCUCUGGAUCCCGACAACCACUGUAUCCCCUACCUCACAGGCCUGGGGGACCUGCUGGGCACUAGCCUUCUGGCACUGUGCUUCCUCCUGGACUGGCUGCUGACAGGCAGAGCUGACCUUGCAGAGCUGGUUUCAGAGCUGGUUUCUGUGCCUCCCUGACUGAGGCUGCCACCUGCAGGUCUCCAUGGGGCUCUCCCUCAUGUCCACAGCAUCCCGCAGGCUGUUCCUCCUGCCGGGGCCUCAAGCUGCUAGAUAUCUGCCUGGGCGGUGGCCUCAUCAGUCUGCCAAGGAGACGAGCACACACCUUGAUUCUGAAGUUGGUAGCUGAGCCCGAGGUGCAGCCUUGACAUCAGGAGCUCUGCUUGCAAGUGUGAGUGAGCACGUGUGCCUGGCGUGUGCGUGUGUGUGCGUGCGUGCGUGUGUGCGUGCGUGCGUGCGUGCGUGCGUGCGUGCGUGUGUGUGUGUGUGUGUGUGUGUGUGUGUGUGUGUGUGCUUGGUGUGUGUGUGUGUGCGCGCGCACGCGCACAUAGGGCAGGCCAUUCUAACCUGAAGAUGCUGAGGAAGCAGCCUGUCGCUGCAACCGUAAUUGAGCGGAGAAGGAUGGAACUCGUCUGCGUCCCCAGGUCUCGGACUACCCAUGCCUUGACUUUGCUGCCAUCACUGGGCUCAGCCCCCUGGACCCACACUACUAGUGCCCUGGGCCCAGUGACCAUGCACUUUCACCCCAGGCAGGCCCUGAGUACCCUCAUCUACCCCAGCAUUUAACCUUGUGGCUGCUUUCUUUUUAUCUCCCCCUUUCUCUGUUUUAUAACAGAACCCUCUGUUUAGGUUCUGGUGAUCAAGAGACAUAUAUAUAUAUAUAUAUAUAUAAUAAAGCAUAGCUGACAUUGUA